AUGGCGAGAUCUCAGCACCAAUCCAUAGUUUGCCGAGAAUUCAAAGCAAUAAACUCGCCAAGAAACGACCUCGACACUAACGAUCUUGGAGAGACCUCGGCAACCAGCUACAAAGCGGCGAGUUUGACAAGCUUGAGCUCGUUACAAAGAUGGUCGAGGUCAUCACGAAGACUUAGGCCGAGCUCAUAA